UUCAGUUGCUUCAGAUUUGGGCUCCUGGGAGGCAGCAUGGUUUCUAUAGAAACUGUUUACAUUAAUCUCUUGAACCAUAAGGGAGCCUGCUUCAGUCUCCAGACCUCUGCUUUGGGCCCCUGAGGUAAUGAGUCUUGUCCCCGCUGUUUCAGGAACAUAAUGUCACCUAGCUUUGGUAAGCACUGGAAUAAUCCUUCACUCUUUAUUGGCCGCCAAGCUUUGGAUCUUCUGGAGAAAUCCCGUCUUAGUGUCAGCAGCUCUGAAGUAUGAGGGAUAAGCAAGAUGUUGGAGUCUCCCUGACGGGUUCUGAGAAAUGGAGAUAGCUAGCUAGCUGCUAAGGGUAUUCCAACCAGGCAGGUAGCUUUUGUGUCUGUGCUGGUGGCUGGGGAGAUAAGGCUCAGGGGAAGCUUCAUGACAGGACUCUCCAGCAGGCUUGGUGGUUGCCAUGUCACAGAGGUUCCGGAGGGAUGCCCCACAGGCCGAACAGAGGUUUCUAGGGAUUAAAAUGGAAUAGCCAGUAUUCCCGAGGCGUCCAUAGCAGCCUAGAAGUUGAGGGAUGGGUAGACAGAAACACAUUUGGCUUUACGUGUUCGUUUCUUUUCUUUCUCCCUUGGCAUUCCUUUCCUCCUUUCUGCUUAGGAAAUUUGGAGCCAGUUUGUAGGCAGUUUGGAGCCAAAGGCCUCACAUUUCCCAGCUGAUGAUAGGCCCUAAUCACUCUCAUCUUCCUACAAGCCUGUAACAGAGGAGUUUCCACUUCUGGGAAUCUUGGUACUUUAAUGUCAGGUUCCUUACUGUCUGUAGCCAAGGCUUAGAACCCAUACUGGAUUCCCAUACUGGACUACAACUGAGGUGGAGGUGACUUCUCAUGGGCCUCCAGAGGAAUCCAGGGCUUCUGCUGACAGGCCUGUGUGUGGGACUGCUUUUCAGUUGGAUGAACCUCGCUCAGCCAACCGACCUCUCAGCACUGGCUCACCACCCCCAUUUGUGUCAGACUACACGGGAUGCCGAAGGCCGCCACUACCCUGGUUUUUUCUGUCCUCGCCUCUCUGAUACUCCCGAGGAAGCCUACUGUUGCCACCUGCAGGCUGCUGGGGGUUCCUGCUGUACCCUGGAUGAAUUUGAGGCCCUGUACCAAGUAAACUUGUCUACUCUUCAGCCCCCACCCAUCCUCAGAGGCCCAGGCCCGCUCUUAGCACUGGGCAUCUACAGUCUACUGUUGAUGGCAUUGAUGACUGCAGAUUUCGUGCACUUCUGCCGUGGUCCGGGACGGAGAGAAAGGCAAAACUCCCGCGGCCGCCGCCUUUCCUUUCGGGCCUCUGCCGCGCGCCCCCUACAGGUCCCAGUGGGAACAGACUAA